UUCCUCCUCCGUUCUCUCUCUCUCUCUCUGUAUAAAUCUUUCCAUCUUCAACUAUCCUACAACCUCUUAUCGGCUUCAACCUUAUUUCUGAUACAGAGAGAGAGAGAAAGAGAGAGAGAGAAACCAAAAUGGAGUUAGAGGUGAUGAUACCAUCACCAGCUGUGGAUUUCAACUUCGACAGCUCAUGCACUACUCCAUACAUAAGCGCUCCUUCAAGCCCUCAGCGGAUCGGCAACUUCUUCUUCAGCGCCCCCACCAGCCCCACUCGCUCCUCCUCCUUCUUCCUCGACUUCAACUCUCUCUCCGCCGACUCCUCCUCCUCCGCCUCUCUUCCCUUGACUAUCCCCUUCAAUUGGGAACAGAGUCCCGGAAUUCCCAAAUCAAAACUCCCAAUCAACCAAGACACCGAUUUCGAAUUCGAUUUCAGCGGACACUUACAGAGAACUUCCCUCUCCGCCGACGAGCUCUUCGACGGCGGCAAGAUCAAGCCUCUCAAGCCACCGCCUCGCUUGCAAUUCACCGACCAUGAUUCUCCGCGAUCACCCAGAUCUCCCACCAAAAUUUUCAAAGAAGCUCUGUCGCCGCGCCAUAAGAAGAGAGAUUUCGAUCCUUUUGCGGCGGCGAUGGAACAGACUCGAAGAGAGAGUAACGAUAAUCAACAACAACAAAAGAAGAGAAAUGAAGAAAAGCAAGAGCGAGGGAGAGAGAGGAUGUUGAAUUCAUCGGCUUCGAAGAGUCGUAGACAGAAAGGGACUAGAUCUCUGUCUCCAUUUAGGGUUUGCGACCUCUUCGAAAGCGAAAGCAAUCAACGACUACAACAACAACAACAACAACAACAGAGUUCCAUUUCUUCUUCUUCUUCAACAUCCACUAAAACAAAUCCAAAUUCGAAUUCGUUUUCGUUUUCGACUUCGGCUUGGAGAGGAUACAAGAAGUGGAGACUGAAGGACUUUUUGCUGUUCCGAAGUGCUUCGGAAGGUCGAGCGUCGAGCAAGGAUCCAUUGAACAAGUACUCGUUGAUCAACAAGAGUACUACUGAGGAAGUCAAGAACUCCAGCUUCCGGUCGACGGAGACUGGCGGUUCUUCCAGGAGGAGGGGGCCGGCGGUGUCGGCUCACGAGUUGCACUACACGGCUAACAGGGCGGUGGCGGAGGAGAUGAGGAAGAAGACUAUAUUACCGUACAAGCAUGGGCUGUUGGGUUGUUUGGGCUUCAAUCCAACCGUUAAUAGCAUCUCCAAAGGGCUUGGUUCUCUGACACGUGGAUGAUCCAGAUUUCUCUAUCUGCAUCUGUCUCUCUGUCUCUUGUUUUUGCUCUCAAUCUCAAAUGUAUACAGAAUUUGUCUAUUUUUGUGUUUUUAUUUAUUUAAAUUGUGUUAUUGGUAUUUAUGUGCCCAAAAUGAAUUUAAACGAAAAUAAUAAUGUACAGAAAUAUGUUGAACUGCCUUA